GUCGCUCUUCAUAUCUACACCGUCGCUCUAGUGGAAGCUUGUCAGGUGAGGAGAGGAAGACGCGGGCGAUCCAGUGUCGAUUGAAGGUGCGAUUUUUGCCAAGCUGUUGGAGUCGAGGGAGGGCGAGCGAGGGCGAGGGGAGGAGGAGGGGGAGACGGAGUGGCAGGAGCCAAAAUUUUGAGCGAGAAAGAGAAGAAGUGAGCCAUAGAUGGUGAAAACUACGUUGAGGCACCUUGGGGGCGUUGAGCUGGUAAUAUUUUGGAGAUCCACAACGACGGAGAGGUUGCCACCUUCGGAAUUCGAUUGGAGUGGAAAAAAUCCGUCUAGUAGCGGGUACGAGAAAGUGCUGCAUCCGGAGGUGCUGCAGUUGGAGAAUUUGUAGUCCUCGGACUCGUCCGGAGCUCGGGCGAGCCCCCGCAUGAGGCUCGUUGCCCGGCGCAAUAAAAGUCUGUAAUCUCGUUCGACGAUGAAUAUGGACUCGGAUAAUGCAGGAAACGGACUCCUCUCGUCGUCCUCGUCUCGCGGCUGCGGCAGCGAGAGGGACUGUGGGUCCGACGAUGGAUACUCGUCCAACAUCCAGUCGAAGGAGUAUCUGUUCGUCGACGAUAUUCUGGAGCGGUACGUGGGCGAAUUCGGCCGGGCGCAGUUCUGGCACUUCGUCAUGGUCAGCUUGGCGUGGACCUUGGAGGGCCUGAUCACGAUGGCGACCAUUUUCGCCGAUCGUGUCCCGGAAUGGCAAUGCGUGCCUCAAAUUUCCUCGAACGUCACCCAGCUCUGCACUCCCGCUGCCAAGCUCUGCGAUUUGGAUCCCUCUCUGUGGGAAUGGGCGGCGGGCAGCGGCGCCUCCACCGUCGCCGAAUGGAACCUCGUCUGCGGCAACGAGUACAAAGUGGGCCUCGCUGGAGCACUGUUCUUCGCCGGCGGAUUGUUAGGCGAUGGAUUGUAUGGGAAUUUAUCGGACUCGAUGCUGGGCCGGAAAGGAGCUCUGGCUCUGGCGUGCAUGAUGACAUCGAUCAUGGCGCUCUUGACGUCGGUCGCGCCCAACUACUGGGUCUACAUCGUGCUGAGAUUCUUGACGGGAAUAAACGCCAGCGGAAUUGGGCUGUGCUGCUUCGUGCUCGGGACCGAGCUCGUGGGCCCAAAGAGGCGAGACUCCGUGGGGAUGUCGGCCUUUUAUUUUUUCUCGCUGGGGAUCAUGAUUCUGCCGGUCUUCGGCUUCCUCUCGGCCUCGUCAUGGAGGACGCUCUAUUUCUCUAUCGCCAUCCCUGGCCUCGUUUACUGCACGCUUGUCCUCCCGUUCAUGUCCGAGUCGCCUCGAUGGUUUCUUGUCAAGGGAAGGGUGGGCGAUGCCAUGAAGAUUCUGCGGGCGUUCGCCGAGAAGAAUGGCAACUCCAUCCCUCCCACGGCGUAUCUGACAGCCGACAAAAACGACUCGCAGGCCGAAGACGACCUGGCCGAGGAGGAGGAUCGAGCCGCCGAGGCUGAGUACUUCGCCUCCAACAAGGAGUACAGCAAGACGGAUCCGCUGCUCGGCUACCAAGACGACCCGUCCAUCGCCAUCGGCAUCUACGACUGCAAGCCCCAGCGAAUGCUGAGCUCGGAGUACGUGGGCACCAUUUUCGACGUGUUUCGGUACGGGGAGACGAGGUGCAGGAUGCUGCUCAUGGUCUGCAUCUGGUUUUUCAUCGGAGUCGCUUACUUCGGCAUCAGCCUCAACGUGGUGAACCUGGAUUUCAAUGUCUAUCUGGGAGUGUUCCUCAAUGGCCUCAUCGAGAUCCCUGCGUUCGCUCUCACGGCCCUCAUGCUCAACAAGCUGGGUAAGAGGUUCAUGCUCAUAUUCGCGCUCUGUAUAUCGGGCGUCUGUUGUCUUCUGGGCAGUCUGCUGUUCGUCAACAUGCCGGGAGGAGCAGUCAUGAACGUGGACAUGAACCCAGCCCACGUCAAUUCCACUUCCCUGCAUGCCUUCUCGGGAAUGGAACCCUGGCACCAUCUCGAGGGCGCCUCGUUGUCGAAACAUUUGGGUCUCAAGACAGCAGCGGGGACGGACGUGAUGGCCGUCUUGCGAUUGCUGUGUGGAAUGGCGGGGAUUUUCGGUGCGUCAGCGGCCUACAAUCUGGUCUACAUCUACACUCUGGAGCUGUUUCCGACCGUGGUGAGAAACGCUGCUCUGGGGCUGGCCUCGCAGUUCUCGAGCAUAGGAACGGUGGUUGCGCCGCUGGUUGUUGUUCUGGGCCGGUACAAUCCUGCUGUGCCGUUCCUGAUUUUCGGAGUGUUCUCCUUGUUCGGCGCUGCUAUGGGAUCGAGACUUCCGGACCAUCGCAACGAAGCUUUGUUCGAGACUUUGGAAGGAAUGGAGGAGGCUGAAAAUGCCAGGAAACUGGUCGAUGUGAAAGGAGUAUAGCUCGCUGCCGCCGUUGCCACAUGACAACAUUGGAGGUCAGAGGUUCUCUUUCCCUUCGCGGUGCUGUGAUUAAUCGCGUGCCCGUGGGAGACAAAAUGCAUGCCUUUCGUUUCACCCUUAGACCGUCUGCCCAGAGAGCAGUGAAGAAUAUCUUUAGGUCGUUUCGGGUGCAGAAUGAAGUCAAUGGACGAGAGGUAGGCGUUGUGAACUUGAUGCGGCAUGUGCUCAGUUUCAGCGUUGAGCUUUUUUGGUUCGACGAGGUGAUGAGCAUGAAUAUUGAACAAUUUCGCAAGCAGUUCCUUGUAACAUAGUAAAAUAAAACCCUCUGGGCCUUUCACCUUACCCUGUGCUGACGAAGAACCUCAGGCACGCCCUGCCACUUGAACCGUGCGGUCUGGAGCAGAUGUUGAUGCCUUGGUUUAAGUGUUAAGCACAAACGCGCUCGAUGAUUAACAGCAAGGAGAUGUAGAUUGCUUCAUUUGAAGCCAUUCGUUGACAGCACUUUCGGUCCCCUAUGGAGGUCCAAAUCUAUGGAUAGAAUAGUCCUCUACAUGAAGUAGAUUGCGUAGUUUCUGUCACACCGACUGCUUUCAUGAGCAGGCAGGAGUGCAUGAGACUUGAGGUCGAUUAGGAUUCACCACUGUGUAGCUUUCUGUGCACUACAUUCUUCAACAAUAAAGCCUGAAAUUGUGA